GUUCGUUUCAACGUGAGUCAAGACAUCCUUUGACAACUGAACGUUGACGUUCGGCUGUACUGAGAGGCUGCGCCCGAGCGGAUGAGUUGCGGACCAAAAGAUGUCAGCAGACCGCGUGCGCUGCUACCGCGUUUCUUGCUUUCCUCAUGUUGUCAUUGUCAGACUGGAUCACCACUCUUUCAUUGGUGUUUGGAGGCUGCUGCAGUAAUGCCAUCACCUUAGAACACAUCACAGCUCGUUACCCAAACGCAGGCGUCCUGAUCACCUUCUUCCAGUUCCUCAUCGUUUCAUUAUAUGGACUACCCAAGCAAUUUACAUUCAACGACCCCCAAGAAUCUAAACACGCAGCAAAUGGACCCAAUGGUACUGUGUCUGCUCCAACAACACCGCGCAGGAGAUGGAUUCCUCGGCUGAAGAACCGGAAGGUACCUUUGCUACCUUAUUUCAUUCAGGUCGCAUUGUUCUUCGUACUGUCAACUCUGAACAAUGCUGCUUUUGCAUACCACAUUCCUAUGACUGUGCACAUCGUGUUUCGCAGCGGUGGUAUGAUCAUAAAUAUGAUUCUAGGAUGGAUGUUCACAAAGAAGCGAUAUACCGUGCGACAAGUUGUUUCUGUCGUCGUCGUCACAGCUGGCAUCAUAACGACCACACUCUCUGCCUCAAAACCCAAAUCUCAUACUGCCGAAGUACCAGGCACAUCUAAUACAUCACUCUACGCAAUGGGCAUCUCCAUCCUUGGCCUUGCCCUCGUCCUCUCAGGUUUCCUGGGACUCAUCCAGGACUGGGUCUAUGCACGAUACAUCGCACCCGCUGAAGCGGAAGCUGCUUCCGACCCCACAGGACAAUCUUUAUGGCAGGAACAUAUGUUCUACCUCCACUCCCUCGCUCUCCCCUUGUUCUACUUGUCCAAAGAUAACAUAUCCAUGGAGCUCACACGUAUGAGUUCUAGUCCACCUGUUUUCCUCUCCCUGCCGCAGUCUGGACCCCUUGCACCAUACGAGGCAGGCCCUAUCGUGCCCUCAAUAUUUGUCUACCUCCUCCUGAACACAUGCACACAGCUCGUGUGUGUCGUAGGAGUCAACAGGCUCACUGGCCGUGUAUCUUCACUGACUGUGACUCUCAUCCUUACUGUACGCAAGGCCAUCUCGUUAUUGCUAAGCGUCGCAGUCUAUGGAGGACAGGGAAACACGGAGAUGUGGGUCGGCGCAGGAUUGGUAUUCAUUGGGACUAUCGGGUAUUCGACUGGAAUAAAGUCGAACGACCACAAGGAGAAGAAAGAUUAGCGAGGGCAUCGCAUACUAGAUGAGCUUUAACUUCUUAUAGGCUGUACAAAUACCAGUUAAACGCAUACCAUAAGUAUGUGCAUUUAUUCAAUGUUCUUCGUUAUGAUACAACAAUUCUGCAUGAUACCUUC